AUGAUGACCUGUUGGCAGCAGAAACCUAGGAGCGUCCUACGUUUUAGACUUGCCGCUGUAAACGAAGAAGAAUACGCCCGUUUGAUUCAAAAGAGCGCUGAAAAGCACGAGAAGCCAGACGAGUUGGAUGGUAACACACACGAUGACGAUAACCUAAAUGGUGAUAAGAAUGACGAGCCACAUUGUGACAAGACAGAGAAAAUGGAAGUCAGCCCACACCAUGACGAUAGCCCAAAUGGUGGCGAUAAGAGUGACGAGCCACACUGUGACGAGACAGAACAAAAGGAAAGUAGAGGAAAUGCCAACUUCUAG